AGACUUGCACGCAGGCUGAAGCACGUGGAAAAGGCAAAUUGGGGUGCCCAGAAAACUGCAAGAGUGUUCGAUGUUAUGAGGGCAGGCUACUGUACACGUCCUCAGAAGAAAGCGAGGUCGACGAAACAACAAAAAGGAUUAUGCGUUACAACGUUCGUAGGCUACCCUGGGAGAGUCCAUCUCUAUACGAAGGGCAACGAAAAAGUUAGACAGGUUCUCCACACCUUGUCUUUGUCAGAACUGGUACGGAGCAGAAUUGUUCCUCGCGAGGAUGGACAGCCCUCCAUUCGACAUAAGCCAAACGACUUCCCGGAGUGGGCAGCUAAGAACGAGGAUGAUAAUGUUGUUGAUGAGAGUGCCCAGUCAUUAUCCCUAGUGGCUCUUCGCUGA